AAAAUGGUGGAUAAAUGAAGGUAGUUCACUCAGGCCGGUCUACUUAAGGGGGUGGCUCUCCCAUAGACACCAAUGUGAUAGCAGCUGGGUCUGGUCUACUUAGAUCAUUGACUUCCAUUGAAACAGAAGAAAUUAGGGAGUGGAAUGUCUCACUUCCUCUUCUGUCUCUGGUCUUUAUCUCUGUCAAAACAACAGUGUUCCUUGCCUGGGUUGCGCCCCAAAUGGCACCCUUUUCCAUAUAUAAUAUAGUACACUACCACUUUUGACCAGAACCAUAUCUGCCCUGAUCAAAAGUAGUACACUGUAUAGGGAAUAUGGUGCCAUUUAGGAUGGAGCCUUGGUCUGGUCCUAAUCAGCUAAAGGCAGCAUUCCCAGCCCCUGUGGAAGGCAAGGGACCUAUUUAAGGCUUCUUGUUGGAGGUUGGAAACAACAUAAAAUACGGGUUAGGAGGACUAGCUGUGCUGCCAUAUAGUUUUAAAAGCUCUGUGAACUUAGCAGAAGAAAACAACUUUUGUGAGAACAGUAUCAAAAUGUUAGUUGCGUCAAUUGAGGGAAAUAGCUGCAGACACAGGUUUUAUGAAAGAGGUCUGACUCUGGCCACACACGGUAUCGAGCUGCCGUCUGUAACCUCCGCCUCUCGCCUGGUGUGCUGACGAAAGAUGGUUGGUUUUUAUUUGGUGGGGAAAGUUUGUCAUCAUUUGUUUGAUAGGAAAUGGUCCAUUAACCCUGUCACCCAUUGUUUUAUCAAGCCAAAUUCUCAACCAUUCAAAAUGACACAAUGUGACCCAUCCUUCUUUCUUUUGAGUGUGUGACUCUGGCAUCAAACGUUUCCCCAGCGCCCUCCUGACUUCUAAACAAAAUGACCCGGUCCUUAUUCUGCCAUCUAUGCUAUCUGCCCUCAUUCACUGUAGCGCCCUCCUGACUUCUAAACAAAAUGACCCGGUCCUUAUUCUGCCAUCUAUGCUAACUGCCCUCAUUCACUGUAGCGCCCUCCUGACUUCUAAACAAAAUGACCCGGUCCUUAUUCUGCCAUCUAUGCUAACUGCCCUCAUUCACUGUAGCGCCCUCCUGACUUCUAAACAAAAUGACCCGGUCCUUAUUCUGCCAUCUAUGCUAACUGCCCUCAUUCACUGUAGCGCCCUCCUGACUUCUAAACAAAAUGACCCGGUCCUUAUUCUGCCAUCUAUGCUAUCUGCCCUCAUUCACUGUAGCGCCCUCCUGACUUCUAAACAAAAUGACCCGGUCCUUAUUCUGCCAUCUAUGCUAUCUGCCCUCAUUCACUGUAGCGCCCUCCUGACUUCUAAACAAAAUGACCCGGUCCUUAUUCUGCCAUCUAUGCUAUCUGCCCUCAUUCACUGUAGCGCCCUCCUGACUUCUAAACAAAAUGACCCGGUCCUUAUUCUGCCAUCUAUGCUAUCUGCCCUCAUUCACUGUAGCGCCCUCCUGACUUCUAAACAAAAUGACCCGGUCCUUAUUCUGCCAUCUAUGCUAACUGCCCUCAUUCACUGUAGCGCCCUCCUGACUUCUAAACAAAAUGACCUGGUCCUUAUUCUGCCAUCUAUGCUAACUGCCCUCAUUCACUGUAGCGCCCUCCUGACUUCUAAACAAAAUGACCCGGUCCUUAUUCUGCCAUCUAUGCUAUCUGCCCUCAUUCACUGUAGCGCCCUCCUGACUUCUAAACAAAAUGACCCGGUCCUUAUUCUGCCAUCUAUGCUAACUGCCCUCAUUCACUGUAGCGCCCUCCUGACUUCUAAACAAAAUGACCCGGUCCUUAUUCUGCCAUCUAUGCUAACUGCCCUCAUUCACUGUAGCGCCCUCCUGACUUCUAAACAAAAUGACCUGGUCCUUAUUCUGCCAUCUAUGCUAACUGCCCUCAUUCACUGUAGCGCCCUCCUGACUUCUAAACAAAAUGACCCGGUCCUUAUUCUGCCAUCUAUGCUAACUGCCCUCAUUCACUGUAGCGCCCUCCUGACUUCUAAACAAAAUGACCUGGUCCUUAUUCUGCCAUCUAUGCUAACUGCCCUCAUUCACUGUAGCGCCCUCCUGACUUCUAAACAGGGCUAUAAAGACGCUUCAUUCAACCAGUAAAAAGCCCCCCUGCCCAAUGUGUGUGUGUGUGUGUCUACCCCCCUGCCCAGUGUGACUGUGGCCUUCCUUGUUCUAGUGCCAGGAUGUAGCCAGUCUUCCUUGGCAUCGUUGCCAUCGUGGCACCAUGUACAAUCCACUGAUAAUAUAUCUGUGUUAUGUAGUGUUCAUCCUAUAUUAUAGGAUGUUGUUACUGUAUGUAGUGUUAAGUCGAUUCUACACU